AUGUCACUAGCCGAUAUCAACUUCACCCAAUUGCGGGACGGCGCCGUCGACGUCGACCCCGACAUCCGGUUCAUGGCCCUCCAGGACUUCCAGAAAUACGUCACGCUGGCGCCGUUCCAGGAAACCCAGAUCGCGUCGAAAAACGUCGCCACGUUCAUCCCCAAGUUGUACGACCUCAUAAAGGACCCCAUCCCCGACGUCCAGCUGCACGCGGUGAAACUGGUGGCGCCGUUGGUGACGUUCUUACCCAUAGACAUGGUGGUGGAGGUGGCGAGCCACUUGUACGCGAUGAUCACCGCCGACCGCCACCACCAGCCGGGGCCCGGCUUCACCACCACCGUGCCGACGAUGGCGCUCCGCGGGUUGAUCCAGGCCGGCGCCGGCGGCAAGCUCGACGCCAAGCUGGCGCGGGUGUUGGCGGACACGCUUUUGGCGCUCGCCGAGCCCGACGCCCCGCGGUCGCUCGACGCCAUGGAGGUGUUGACGGACACCAUCAGGCUGUACGGGUACGUGCUCAAGCCGAGCGAGGCGAGCCGCCUAGUACAGCUGCUCAUCGAGAUUGCCAUUGCCGGCGACGGUGGCGACGACACCGCGAAGUUGGUGGGGCGGCGGGCGGUGGUCGCCGUCGGCUACUUGUGCCACUACCUCACCGACUUCGACGCCGCCGGCGCCAGCAUUCUUCGCCAGCACCACCGCCCCGUCCAGUACGCGUUGCUCUCGACGCUCGUGUCGUCGCAGCUGGCGACGCGCCACCUCGCCGACAGCUCCAUCGACGUGGUGUGGGCGUUUGCCAAAACCGACCUUGACCCCGUCGACAUCGACGACACCGACUACGACCAGGUCAACGACCACACCCACACCGUCGAGCGGCUGCUUGAGUUGCUCACCCAGGUGUUGGGGCUGCCCGCCUGCGUCGACUUGACCCUGGUGGAACAAGAGGUGGUGGGGAUCUGCGAGCGGUUUCUCCGGUAUAAGCCGUUUGGCGACGACGACGACGACUACAGCGACGACGACGACAUCGAGUUCAGCGACGACGACGACAUCGGCGACGACGGCGACGAGGACGGGCUGUGGAAAGUGCGCACCAAAGCCUGCGAGUUGUUGGCGGCGGCCGCCACCAGGUUCGGCGCGUUGGGACUGCUGGUUCCGGUCCCCCCCAUCACCGACGACAACGAGCACGUGAGCCACGUCGCCAUCAAGACGGUGGAGGCGUUGAUCACCAACGGCAACGUCAACAUCAUCCCCGACGUCGUCCACCUUACCCUGACGAGAUUACUCGAGAAACCGGGCCAAUUGGGGGUCACGUUGAAGCUAGUCGAGGUCGUCAACGACGCCGAUCUCACCCACGACACCGUCGAGGUGUUUGCCAAGCUGAAGCACCCGACGAACUCGUUGGAUGUCCUCGCGUUUUUCCGGUUUGCCGUCGACGAAGCCAAAGUUGACCGCGACCUGAUGUUGAUUAUUCUCGACGACUUGAUCGCUAAUCUUGACGAUAAGCUGUUCAACAUCAUUGGCGAGCUGAUCUCGGUGCUCACCAGCUUGUUUGACCGCGCCGACGGCGGCUCCAUCGCCGACGCCACCCGGGUGCUGAAAAUCGCCGCCAAUCUCCAGGAGAAGAUCGCCAACGCCAACAAAAAGUACUCACUGGACUUGAUCCAGCUUGCCAUCCGCUGUCUUGCCGUGCUUGUGUCCCGGGUCAGCGCCGACGAGUGGACGCAGCCGGCGGUGGAUCUGAUUGUGUCCCAGUUGGCGGGGGAAACCAAUGUUGUCACCACUUUGGAGAGCUUAUUCUACAUUUGCGAUAAGCUUCUGGAGGCUCAGGCGCGUCACGUCAUCCACCAGUUGACGGGGCUCAUCAUCUCCAACCACGAGACCGUGUGUACCGCCGCGUUGCGCCUCCUCUACCACUUGCUUAUCCACGGCCACACCCACGACAUCGAUACCCAGGCCGUGGUGCAAAACGUGUUACGUUUGGUGGCGGCGUCGCACGCGCGUACCGUCGAUGAGGAGCUCAAGGUGUUGACUUUGCUUAAUCAAUACCCCCCCGAAGUGCUGGCCAUGGUGAUUAAGCUCAUUAACAACAGUCUGGACGAGAAACCGGUAGCGGACUCGGGGUACGACCUCGUGCGGUCGAUGGCGAUCGCCGACGGCGACUUUGGCCAGUUUUACCAACAGCUUUCCGAACGCGUCGACAAGCUGAAGUUUGCUGCUGCCCGCGCCUUGGCCACCGUGGCGGUGGCAGGCAAGUUGUCGGAACCAGUCAGAGCGGCGGAAGCGGCGCCGACGAGUCUGGUAUUCAACUUGAACUUCCUUGGGUGUGCGGCUGAUUUUGGCGUGGCCGUGUCGACCAAGAUCAACGACCUUUUGGACCUGACGCCCCAGACGAAAGACGAAAUUCUGGCGGUAUCGUACUGCGUGGGGCUGAUCACCAAGGCCAACCCACAGCAGUUGCCGGUGCUCGUCGACUUCUACGUGACGUCGCCGCUGUCUAAGCACCGCUGGCUCGCGGUGAUGGCCCUCAAGGGGCCCGUGGAGGUGGUGGACCCGGCCACGGGCAAACAGGUGUUUGAGACCAUCGUCGAACGGGUGGCGCUGAUCUCUGAACUUGGCAACAACGUUACUGAAGAGCUUAAAAGCUCGGGCGAAGUGCUCAGUGAAAUCUGUUUGCGUAACCCGGAAAUGUUGACGCAAUUGCUUGCCAAGUUCCACCAGCGCCACGGCGAUUUGCUGUUGCUGCUGGUGUACGUGAUGAUUGCCAUCGCCAAGCAGUUGGUCACCAAACUCGACGACGACGCCAAGUUGGCUCAAUUCCUCCAGCUUGUGUGCCACUACAUGGACGUGGUGGUGAAUUUGAAGGUGCGCGAGGCGGCGGUGGGCACAUUGUUGACGGCGUUGCACAACCGCACCGCGGUGGUGAUCUCGCUUUUGACCGACACCGUGUUGCCGGUGUUGUUUAACCAGAUGGUCCCCGAGGAGCUGUUCAAAAAAGUGAUCCAAAUGGGGCCCCACAAAUACAUCCACGACGAAGGGGUGGUCAUCCGCACCUUGACCUACGAGUUCCUCUACUCGUUGGUGCUGCUCACUUCUGAAGUGAAGCUGGAGGUGCUCGAAGAAGUGGUCAAAAAUAUGGUGCUUCUGGGGCUCACCGACACCGACGUGGUCACGAACAAGGUCGCCUGCGAAAACCUCAUCCAUUUCAUCGACUGCCACCAGUCGGAGUUUGCUCGGGUGGUGAUCGGGGUGCCGCUGACGUUCUCGACGUUCAUGGACAACCUCAGUGCCUUGCUCCAGAAGAACGUUGCUAAAAAUGCCCACCCACAGGACGUGGAAUCGUUUGAAAACCGUAUCGAGGCGAUCGUUAAGUUGGUGAAGAAGGUCGACCAAACCUACAACUUCAAGGAGGCUUACCCUUCCGACGUCGUCCAGGCGUGGCAGCGCUUUCUCAGUCUGGUCAAAAUGAGCAAAGGGGCUCGCUAUUUGUAG